GUAGCUAUCACAGUACAGGGCUGCACUUCUUCCAGCAUAGUCACUCCCCUACAUAGGGGCUCUUCUCUCUUUUUGUUUUAUUUUUUAAAUGAGACCCUUCGCUUUCUAAAAAUACCCUCCCAGUUGCUACCAUUUGUCACAUAAAGUACAACGUGAUCCUAGGAAGCUGGAGUUACAGGAGAAUAGGUAUUAUGAGAGACAGUUCUUCACCAUAUAACUGUCUUAGGUUUGUGGUUUUUCAUAGAGCCCCUUGGUACGUUAACUUGUCUUUGGGGCUUUAGUGCUCUCUUGUACUUGAUAGGCAGACCCUUUCACUCCUUCUGACUUCUACUACCUUCUGUUUGGUUUGGUUUGAGGGGGGAAAUUAUUUGCAUGUGUGGCUGUGAUCUGUUUUAUACUAUUUAGUCUUUUUGACAAGUUCCCAAUAAUUUGUAUUUGUUUAUAUUCAUUACAGUUUUUAUUUACCCUCCUGUUCAAGUUCCUUUCUCCUCCCCAGCAAACUGUAUGUUCUUCUGUGCUUUUGGGGGUCGUGAGAGUUAUGAUCAGUGAUUUGCAACAGUUAUGAGCUUGGAGUCCCCUCUUCUCCAGAUAAUUUGGUGUCAUCUUAAACCUUUCUUCUAGCUGUCAGGAAAAGGUAGUGGAUCCAAGUCUUGGAAUGGUGAUGCUGGGAUCUUUAACUUUGAAGCUGGAAGUCUGGGGAACGCCCAUUGUAUCUUAAAUUAACCAGCAGGGUUGAUAAUAUGGGCUGCCUCCUCGUAUCUCUUCCUGAGAUCCCUUUAGUUACUCUGAAAUUUCAUCAGGUUUUAGGCCUUCUGACCUUCUUCCCACAACCUUUUGAGUAUUACAACUGGACAUUUUGUGCUGUGGAUAAAGUCCUUGUUGAUCCCUAGCCUGUAUUCCUUCCCCAGUUCACAACUACUCAUUCCUUCAACCCCUCCACCAAGUAAACCUCAAGAAAACUGAUCAGGGCACAUUCUGAUACCCUGUUGUGUCAGCAAAGAUGCUGUGCUCAGUGAAACUGAUAGGACCCUGCUUAAUAAACGAGAGCACACCCUGUACUGAAUUCCUUGGUUUCUGUGGCCAUCCAUUCCAGGUUGGGUCUGCCUCCAAACUAUCUGUCAAUCGCUAUCUGUAUCUAAACUCUCAACAGCAGGUCAUUGCUGGGAGAUUGGACACAACAACUAAGGGCUAGAUCUAUUUCCCAUUAAAAGGGAAUUCUGUUGACUUUAAUGGGAGCUGCAGUAGUGCCCAAGGUGAGAGGUAUUCUUGCCUUUCAUGAACCACUGAAAUCCUUUCCAUCAGGAAGUUAGUCUAAGUGGCAGCUAGUAGGAGCUACUUCUGUCCACCCCUUUUAUGCAUUUAGGGACUAUCAAGCAGUGUCCAGAUUCCCUCUGAUACCCCACAGCACAUGCUAUUCCAUAUAUUGACCAGAAAGCAAGGUAGGACAGGGUUUUCUAGUCAAGCUGUGACUAGUGAGCGAAACCCUCCCUGGAGUUUCCAACCCCAGAUGGCCAGGAGAGUAGCUCCCUCCUUGAAUCAAUCCUAAAAUGUCCUGAAUGGUGGGGCCAUCAGGCCAUGCCAUUCUGUCCUUAUUUCCAUAAUUCAUUGCUGGGCAAUUCCUUAAUGGUUUUAAAUUCCACUGGCGGUGUUGGUCCCUGGUGAUGUUCUUGAUUGAAUGAAGGACCUUUGCUCUCCCCAUAGAAAAAUAGACUGUAGAACGGCGAAUGGAAUACAGUAACCUGGUGCCGUGUUUACUUGGGGCAAACUGUCCUCCAGCACCAAGAGACCCAGAGUGGACUAAGCUCUAGGAAGAACAUUCCCAGAGGGAAGCUCAUGGAUCUCACCUUCACAGCCAUUGUCCCACUGCUUCUCGGCAGCGUGGGGCUCUUCGCCCUCUUCAGGCUGCUGCAGCGAAUGAGGAUGCGAGCCUACCUCCAGGAUGCAGUAGUGGUGAUCACAGGAGCUACAUCUGGCCUGGGGAAAGAAUGUGCAAAAGCUUUCCAUGCAGCUGGUUCCAGACUGGUGCUUUGUGGCAGAAAUGGUGAGAGACUACAGGACCUGGUGCAGGAGCUCUCUGCCAAGGCCAAUCACGCAAAGAAUAUACACAAACCUUUCACUGUGAUCUUUGACCUCUCUGAUACUAAAACGGUAGUAAGUGCUGCUGAAGAGAUCCUGAAGUGUGUGGGUCAUGUGGACAUACUGAUCAACAAUGCAGGGAUCAGUUACCGAGGCACAAUAUUGGACACGGGGAUGGAUGUGGACAAAAAAGUGAUGGAAACCAACUACUUUGGUCCUAUAGCAUUCACAAAAGCUCUUCUGCCCUCCAUGAUCAAAAGACAACAAGGCCACAUUGUGGUGAUCAGCAGCGUUCAAGGCAAAAUAAGCAUUCCUUUCAGAUCAGCAUAUGCAGCCUCCAAGCAUGCCACCCAGGCCUUUUUUGACUGUCUGCGAGCGGAGAUGGAACAGUAUGAAAUCGAUGUGACUGUUGUGAGCCCUGGCUAUAUUCAGACAAAUCUGUCUGUCAAUGCUGUAACUGCAGAUGGAUCUCGCUAUGGAGUUAUGGACAAGAACACCAUUGAAGGCAGAACAGCUGCAGAGGUGGCUCAGGUGGUUCUUAAUGCAGUGGGGCAGAAGAAGAAGGAGGUGCUCGUAGCUGGCUUACUGCCUUCCCUGGCUGUUUACCUGCGAACUCUGUCCCCCAGACUCUUCUUCACUUUUAUGGCAUCUAGAGCAAGAAAGGAGAGGAAAGCAAAGGACUCUUAGAGCUCAGCUCUCAUGGGCAUUGACUAGGACAAGGAAACGAACUCAGGCAUCUUGGCUUGGUCUAUGGAUGUGUUACUUCAAGAAACAAAUUGAAAAGGUUGCAGCUUACCAUUGUGUGCAGAGUUGGAAGUUCCGUGCGGAUCACGGGAGGCCCAGUGCCCCACCAUCACCUAGAGAAGGCUUCCUCUACUACAGGUGAACUGGCUGAAGCUGCAGGGGAGGAUACCUGGGGAGAACCUUUCCCACUCUCCCCACCCUCAUUUUGAGUUUUAUUGUUCUCCAGUGAGUAGGAACCAGUGCUGGCUAAAGCCAAGCACAGGCGGAUAGAUGUUAUUUUUCCCCACCCAGUGCUCCCAGUGAACUUCAGUCCUCACCCAGGAGCUCUCCAGAGCAGAGUCUGCCCCCAGUCUGAUCCAGAAGUCAUCCCUUGGGUUAGAAUGGUCUACUGUGUCCCUAGUACACCGCAUCACUUGAUUUAAGCCAAAAUUACCUGUUCAGUGCUGCUUUUUAAACAGUUUAAAGUGCCCAGGUCCGGGUUAGGAAUGACACCGUGGAUAUCUGCACUGGAUGGAGCACAAGUGACCCAUUAAGCCACCUAGCCUUCAGAUCAGUUUUUGUAUUAGCCCUUUUCUAAAGUAGCUCUAGAACGACCAGCCCUCCACAGCAGUGUUCGGCUCCAGUGAAUGUUACUGCCAUGUAAGCACGGAACCCCCGAAAGGUGGUGGCGGCAGCAGCACCAAUGUGAACCUUUGACUGUAAAACACUCAGCAUUGUUCUGCUGUGUGCCUAGAGCAAGGAAUAAGCUGUGACCCCUUCGGUGCCAGGCAACAAGCCUUGUGAUGAUAAGGGGGGGAAGUGAACCUGUAGGUGCAGCUAAUGGAGACAGACCCAUAUGGUUUUACCUGUUUUAAAACCAUUGUGUGUUAAUUGGGACCUAUUACCCCAAAAUACAGUGUGGAAGCAGUAUCUUGCUAAACUUCAGCAUUGAGGCUCCAGGGAGAGGGCACUAUCUGUCUCGUCUCCCAUUUUCCCUGGGCCUAAUGGAGCAUCUCCCUCACAGAGGGAGGCAGGACACUCAUCCCUUCUCCUGAACACUGGUUACUAGUGGGAAGGUUAGAAUCUGUACCCUAAAGCAGGGUGGUGUUGCUCCGUUUUCCACUUGUUUGAUAGGGCAGGCAGAAGGGGAGCUGACUCAUUCUUAGCUUCCUUAUUUAAAAAAAACCCUGAUAGCAGAAACGGAGUAAAAUCCAUCCGUACCCAAUCCCUGCACUCCGCUGUCCUGUGCUUAUUCUUAGUCUCCAUUUCUGCGCACUUUACCACUCUUGUGUGUGUCCUGCCUGUAAGUGCACCUCAAAUGAUGGAAAUAAAAGUUGUACUCUGUGACCCUUC